AUGUCUCCCCCGGCCCCGAUAACCUUGUCCUCCUCCUCUCCGGGCAGCAUGUCCUCCCCAUGUCUCUCCAGCUCGACGUCCGCCUCUUCCUCCGGUUUCACUCAGCCCACGAACUCCAGCAUGACCAGUCCGCCUAUUAGCCCGUCGCACUCCAUCUCUAGCAGCGUGGUCGACACCGACGUCGUUCCAAGUCUGUCGGACCACCAUCCGAGGACGCUCGUCCUGUGCUUCGAUGGGACGGGAGACCAGUUUGACACUGAUAACUCGAACGUUGUCUUGUUCUUCUCCAUGCUGAAGAAGGAUGAUCGCAACCAACAGAUGUGCUACUAUCAGGCUGGCGUUGGCACGUAUACCAUCCCCGAGAUCGCAACGCCUUUCUGGUCGAAUGUCAACAAAACUCUCGAUGAGAUGAUCGCGUGGAAUUUGAAUGCGCAUGUCAUGGGUGGAUAUGAGUUCCUCAUGCAGAAUUACACGGUCGGCGACAAGAUCUGUAUCUUCGGCUUCUCUCGCGGCGCAUAUACCGCCCGUGCCCUUGCUGGUAUGAUCCAUAAGGUCGGAUUACUCCCAGCUAGUAACCACCAACAGGUGCCAUUUGCGUACAAGAUGUUCACGCGCACGGAUGACGUAGGCUGGAAACAGUCGAAUGCGUUCAAGAAAGCGUUCUCUAUGGAUGUGGAUAUUGAGUUCAUCGGAGUAUGGGAUACUGUGUGUUCCGUCGGACUCAUCCCGCGCACUCUGCCGUUCACGUCCUCGAACAAUUCGAUCCGCACCUUCCGCCACGCCGUUUCCCUUGAUGAGCACCGCGCCAAGUUCAAGGCAAACCUUUACAACCGCCCGACGGAGCGCGAGACCCAGCUCGGCCUGCAAGCGGGGGAAAUGCCUAAGUCCGGGCACAAGUCAGCGCGGAGUAAGAAAUGGGCUGAAGAUAGGGAGCGCACGUUCGACCUGGACAACCGGGGCAACGCCGUGCCUUGCGAGACGGACGUGCUAGAGGUGUGGUUCGCCGGGUGUCACUGCGACGUGGGCGGGGGUUCUGUCGCGAACGACGUCACCCACAACCUUGCGCGCAUUCCGCUGCGGUGGAUGAUCCGCCAGUGCUUCCUCGCCAAGACGGGCAUCCGCUUCCAUGGAGAGGCCCUCAGAAAUGUCGGGCUCGACCCCGCCGCGCUGUACCCCAAGGUUCUCGAGCGCCCGCCGGCGCUCUCCCCGUCGUCGUCGCGGUAUGCCAUGGAGUAUGCGCACUCCCGGGAGAGUACAGAUGCAACACGGGUGUCGCAGGGUGCGCCACUGACUGAGGAGGAGGAGGACCUGAUCGACGCGCUCUGCCCGAUCUAUGACCAGCUUAAGAUUGCGCCCGGGUGGUGGACGCUCGAGGUCCUCCCGCUAGUCCUCCCGCCGCAGCACCGCCACCAAAACAAGGAAAACCAAUGGGAGGACUAUCUCAUGGUCAACCUGGGCAGGGGUCGCCAAGUGCCUAAACACCGGCCGUUCCAUAUGCAUCGGACGGUCAAGACGCGGUUAGAGGCGCUCGGGCUCGAGGGUGGGCCGUACAAGCCCAAUGCGGAGUACAAGAACGAGCCUAUCUGGAUGUCUUGA